AGAAUUUAACUACUAUUUUUUAGAUUGGCAGACUUUGGAGCUCCCCUGUGCAAUAUGUAUGCUCAAUCUUCCUAAUUAGCAUAUGUCUAUAUAUGACACGUUGACGCGAUCGUUUAUCAACAAUGUUUCCUUGAUGUAGACUAUAUAUAUAAAUACAUGUAUUGAUGGCCUUACGAUCAUUAUACCUUCUGUCUCCUCAAGAUCCUAACGGAAUGAUUGCCUGGCUUAUUUGUGCAGCGUUUUGCAUUGCGGGAAUCCUUGGUCAAGGUGGACAUCACCACGACCACGCACAUGACGCACACGGGGGUCAUGGCGUGGAUCCCUUUAACGUCAGACCAUUAGAUCGAGGACCUGGUAGAACUGGCGCCGCUUGGGACGGGAGAUCUGUUCCCGGAAGACAGGGGUCAUGGGAUACAAGAAAUACACACAUUGGGGGCCCAUUAGGACACCUCGAUGGACCCCGCGGACCAUUAGGACACCUCGGUGGACCUCGCGGACCAUUAGAUGGAUUGAAUGAUGUACGUAGUCAGUUCAACAGGGAUUUCCUAGCACCCCAUGCACCUCUUAGUCCUCAUCUUGGUCCGCAAUACAAUGACAUUAGACCCAGAAAGUACGGCGGAAGACCUGACAGGCGGAACAAGAAACUUAGAAAAAACAAGAGAAAGCUUCAAAAGAAAAUUAGAAAGGCGAUGAAAAAACACAGGAAGAACAAGAACAAGAUUUUGAGGAAGGAGCUGAAGAGAAAUGGUAGAAAGGGAAGAAGACAAUAUGGAAAACGAUAUUGAAGUUUGAAUUAGGUAGCCCAAUAACUAGGCUAGGUUUACUAACCAAAGACGCUUUUAUAUACAUGUAUAUUACGAGUAUAAAGCGAAAUCCGUUGGUUUUCUGUGAUGAUUGGCAGAAGUAGAGAGCAGAUUACUUUUGGAUUUAGAUUGACGUCAGCAGUGCAUGCAUUAUUCUACAAAUGAAUCGAUAUCUUGUUAAAACUGUUUGCAAAAUGUUAAUGUGGAAUGAAUAAUCAAGUGCAAUAGUUUAUUCUUUUGGUUAUCUAUACCUGUGCGUUUUAUGUACAUACCGGUAAAUACUUGUAUAUGUGUUAAUCUGUUGUUGUUUUUUUUUACUUGAUUCGUUCAUUGUUAUCUUAAUUUAUGUACUUUUGUGAUAAAAUUAAUUUCAAAUAAGUCAAAAAUUAAAAAAAAAAUUGAUUAAAAAUAUGUGUUCAUUUAUUUCUCUCUUGAUUGACGACAGUUAAGUGAGAUCGUUUCAUCGGUCAAUUUACUCCAUGAUAGAUGUGCUGAUGGUGUUUUUAUAAUGCAAGGGGAAUUAGAAACAUUCAAGCAAUGCAUUCUUUUUUUUCUAUCUUUCUCUUUCUUUUUCUCAUUCAUCUUAAACAAGGCUAUUGGCGUAUUGGUUUUUCUCUUAAUAACAUUUUAAACAAAUCAAAAGUUGUAAAUUGCAUAUCUAUGUUAGAUCUAAUGUUGAGGUAGAUUUUUUUAAAUGUCGAUGACACUAUUUACAAUGGAGGAACAUUCCUUUAGAUGUUAUGACUUGAACUAAAACAAAACAC